GCCCUUUAAGAGCAGCAGGAGGAGGCUGGGGAUGGGGUCCGGAGCAUCUCGGCUGCGGUGUUUUUGUCUGUCAGUGAUCGCCUGAGCCGAGUGAAGGCUGGAAGGAUUACCGAAGGACGGGUGCUGACUGUAAAAGGAAAGAGGAGCGAGGAGCCUGAGGAGGAGACAGCCCAUCCUCACAGCGCAAGCAGCUGGUGGGAGGAUUAGUGUGACGCAGAGGCAGCCACAGGCUCAUCAUGGCUCAAGUGUUGCACAUGGACCCCGGUUUCCCAGGGAAACUCAACCCGCCUGCUCCUCCGUCCAUGCACACCAAAGAGCAGGAGGCGCCCUACUCAGUGGAGACCCCCUAUGGCUACCGUCUGGACCUGGACUUCCUCAAAUAUGUCAACGACAUAGAAAAGGGGAACACAAUCAAGAAGGUGCCUGUGCARCGUCGCCCACGCUACGGCUCGCUGCCCCGUGGAUACGGCUACGCCGGCUCCUGGUGGACCUCCACAGAGUCUCUGUGCUCUAACGCCAGCGUGGACAGCCGGCAUUCCUCAUACUCUUACUGCGCCCCGGGCUACCACACGUCACAGAGGCCCAGUUUUAGCACGGCGCGGGUGGAGAAAACCCUUUUAGACGCUCGCAGGAAGCUGGAGGAAGAGAAAGAAGGGCGGCGAUUCUCCAACCUAGGCAGCAUGCACAGCAGUGUAGUGGGCUCCAACACCUCCAUCAGCAGCRCGCACAGCUUCAACCGGGCUCAGGGUGGAGGGGGGUCCUUUACUCCCAUCAGCUCUGGCCUCUCCACGCCCGUGACUCCRACUCCCGCCCACUUGCAGCACGUCAGAGAGCAGAUGGCGGCGGCUCUCAGGAAGAUAAAGGAGCUUGAGGAGCAGGUGAAGACCAUCCCUGUGCUGCAGGUGAAAAUCUCUGUGCUGCAGGAGGAGAAACGGCAGCUCAGCGUCCAGCUAAAGAGCCAGAAGUUUCUUGGCCACACUCUGGGUUUCAGCCGAGGUCGCACCCGUGGGGAGCUCUACAUCGACAUUCCUGAAGAAGAUGUAAGCACUGGAGUUAAAAUUAGCAACAAAACAGCCGAGCCCGUGUCUCCGAGCAUAGCUGAAGCCUCCAAGCAAGACUCGGGCUGCGAGAUUGAGGACACAGUGAUCGUYGGUGGAGCCCGACCCGAUGCAAAGAGGGAAGUACGCACCGUUGGAGUGGGACCAGAGGACUGUAGGGGCAGCCAUGACGUGGGGGUCUGGGUUCGGGAGGAAGAUCUGGGUCUACUGUCUGAAACAGAGACUCUCAAAGAUCAAGUGGGUCAGCUCGAGGGCAAGUUGAAGAGGACAAUGCAGGAGCUGCAGGCUGCGCAGCGGCAGGGCUCAGUGGCCCAAACGGGCCCUCAGGCAGAGCAUCCAGUAAUAGCAACCAGCGUGGGGUGGCAGGAGCCACAGGGCAGCAGCCUGCACACUCUGGUCAGCUUCACGCAGCAGCCACAUCAGAGGCAGCACAGGACUGUGGGGGUCCAGGUGUACACGCUGGAGAAACCCACAGUGGUGGAGGUGGGCACGCUGCUCCAAGCAGAGAGCUGCAGCUCCCCCUCACCUCAACCAGCGGGGGGAGUAACGGAGGGACCCCACAAAGGACAAAAUGAAGAAGGUCCAGUCGAGUUGCCGAUYGCAGUCAGCUCCAAGCAGGUACGCGACGUCCUGAAAAGCGGGUUGUCWACCUCGGUGCCGGUUGCCAAUCCUGCCAUUGUUGUAGCAUCUGGUAAUCAGAUCGGUCCGGUGCAUUCCAAAGAAGAGACACAAACAGCCAGCGAGCACAGACAGCCACAAGCAGCCUCGUCUCCUCAGUCCUCAUUAAGAUCAAUUAUGAAGCGGAAAGCAGAAGGUGAACCAGGCUCUCCCACGACAAAGAAAAACCUGCAGUUCAUUGGAGUCAACGGAGGUUAUGAGUCCAGCUCAUCAGAUGACAGCAGCAGUGAGAGCUCAGAUGAAGGCAGUGACUCCAGUGAAUAUCAUGAAGCCAGAGAAAAACUACCAGAACUUUCCAUCCAGCACCAGCACGCAGUCCUGCCCCAAGAAGAAAGCAGCGGUGUACCUCAGCAACCUGCAGCCAAACGUCCAGACUCACAGCACCGUCCCAACCAUUCCACAACUGUMGACUCCAGACAGUCAGAGAGAGAUCCUCCGUCACCAGCGACAGACACUGUUGUGCAAAAAUGUGCCUCAGAUGCCACCUCAACCCCUCCAUGUCCAGAGGAGGAUUCUGCCUCUAAAGUAACUGUUGAGCAGUUAUCAGAAAAGCACACCGUCACCCAAGAGAUCACUUCCACAUCACCAAACACCGAGUCCACACCUGCUCAGAACUCCAUUAAACCCUCUGUUACCUCUGAAACGGCCAAACAAGACACACCUGCCCCCUCCUGUCAGCCAGAGUCCAAGCCAGCAGAUGCAACUUCCAAACAAGUUCGAUUGGAGCUGAGCGAAAGCUUCAUGUCAGCUCUGUAUUCCCUGCAGAAAGCCAUGGGGGAACCAAAUGCCUUCAGCCAACAAGGMGCAAGGGCGGCCUACACCACCGUGCUGCAGGAGUGGCUGCGUGUGUCCUGCCACAAAGCGGCCGACACAGCUGUUGUCAAGGCUUACAUGGACGCCUUCGCCUCCAUCUCCCCUCAGCUGCUGGAGUUUGUGAUCAACAUGGCGGACGGCAACGGGAACACAGCUCUCCACUACACCGUUUCUCACUCUAACUUCCCGGUGGUGAAACUUCUGCUGGACACGGGUCUGUGUAACGCUGACAAGCAGAACAAGGCGGGCUACACGGCCAUCAUGCUGACRGCUCUGGCCGCCUUCCACUCUGACAGCGACCUUCAGACCGUCCUGCAGCUGCUGCGCACCGGGGACGUCAACGCCAAGGCCAGCCAGGCCGGGCAGACAGCUCUGAUGCUCGCAGUGAGUCAUGGUCGAGGGGACAUGGUUCGGGCGCUGCUGUCCUGCGGCGCCCAGGUCAACGUACGUGAUGACGACGGCUCCACGGCGCUCAUGUGCGCCUGUGAGCACGGUCACGUGGACAUUGUUCGCCAGCUUCUUUCUGUCCCGGGCUGCGACGCGACUCUCACCGACAACGACGGCAGCACUGCUCUGUCCAUCGCCCUGGAGGCCAGCCAAAACGACAUCGCCGUUCUUCUGUACGCUCAUCUCAACUUCGCCAAGCCCCCGUCUCCUGUUUCUCCAAAGUCUCCACUCUUGGGUUCGUCUCCACCUUCUGGUGAACUGAAAUGAACCAGACUCCUGCAGCUCAGAACCCCCUUUUUUUUCACCCAUUUUUUCUUCAUCCAUGUAAUUUAAAACCAAAACCAYGAGUUUGUUUCUGGGAAUGUUUUCACCCUGAAUGAUUUCGGUACAUUUUAAUGAGCUGAAUAUUCAACGUUUUUUUUUAAUCAUUUUGUCACAUGUUAGUUUUUAGUGCACAGUUGUCUUUUUUGAAAGCUUACUUGUGAAGGAAAGUGUGUAGUGUGAUGAAUAAGUCUGUGUAAUCAUCCAUCUGAUGUAACAUUUCACCUGUCUGCACUGUUUGUCAAAACUGUUUACCAAAUUUUACCAUACUGAUGAUUAUUAUUCUACAUUGUUUUCAUCCUAACAUGUAUUUCACUGUAGCAUCAUUAUGUGUGAUAAUUACUGCCGUUCGGAAUAACAGAAGCCAAUCCUCUCAUAGAUAAGUGUCCUUGCAUCAACUGGCCCAUUGGUGCUACUAAACAAUAACACCGCCUCAACAGCAUGUCUGUGUUUAUACACUAGAUUUAUUUCUGCCAGAGUAUUUUUCUAUUGUUCUUUUUAUCCAGGACCUCAAAGUUUUAUGAUUUUUACCUCCCAGGCAGUGAGUAAUUUAAUUAAAAAAUUUUAAAAAAACAAAUCCUUGUUUUGACCACAUGUUGGAAAUUUAACCAAAAUCUUGUUUAUUUCCCAGAGCUCUGAGACUUCACAGUUCAGUGACACAGAUCUGGGAUCAGUGUGAAGAAGUAGGGAAAUUAUUUUCUGCAAUAUUAGAGUUUUUUGUAUUUAUAGACACGAAGGUAUUUUAAUUUUUUAUUUUUUUGUUGGCGGGAAGGAAAGAUCGAAUUGUAUUUGUGUUUUGCUACGUGUGUUUGUAAAAAAUUUUACAAGACUGGGAAGCUAGAUUUGUCAGGGAACGAGUAAGUUAGUCUUAAAAGUUUAUGUAAGAUACGAAUAUUAAAAUAAUGUCAUUUUAAACUCCGAAAUACUAUGCUGAAAAUCUAAGUCCUUGAACAGAAGUGCGUAGGCUAUCGAUGUCAAAAUGUCUGUUACUUUUUAAAGAUUUUGUCACGUUUUUCAUAGUCACUUUUCAGUGAUGAAACUUUUGAUAAACUUUGAAGUUUUUAAUUUAAGUACCUAUCUUUUUUCUACAUGUAAAAUUUUUAAUCUCACACCUAUUUUAUGUAACAGCACAGCUCUGUAGUUUGUUUUUCUGAUGAUUUAUGUAAAACUCUGGACUGUGUGUCUAAUAUGUGCAUUUUAGAAAACAGUUAUUAAAUGUGGACCACAUGUU